AUGGAUGGCCGGAUCAAUUAUAUUCUAUGGGCUACGGGACGAGAAGGGAUGGUUACUAAGAGUCAGUUCAAGGGCAGCAGCACUACGCUAGCGCAGCUGAUCCAGGAAGUCGGGCGCAGUGGGGGCAGAAAGCCUGUGUUCCAGUACAAGGUGCCACGUUCUAUACGGUGGGCUUCCACCGCCUUAGCUGUGGUAUUUCUCACGUAUGGCGCUGCGUACACCGACAUGUCUUGGAGAACCGCUCAAGAAGUGUACGGAAGUGCCACCGAGAAGGAGCAGCGCAGUGUGUGGUUCAGGUGCAAGACGUUCGGGCCUGUGGCGCUAGGGGUCUUGCCAGUGGUCCUAGCUGCCGGAACGAAACAUAUAACGUCAAGGCUGGUCACAGAAAUGAAGUACUUACCACCCAUUAAGAAUAAGGCGGUGCCACGGUACCAGUUGACGCGACGCACACCCUUCCUAGGAAAGCAAGUUACCAUUAUUAGAGACAUCAACGAACUGUCCAAGAAUAAGAACACCAAGAUCUUCACCGGCGUGGGCUUACAGGGUAUGGAGGACAAAGCCACGUUUGUCUUCUUCGUAGUAGACAAAGGGGCGAAUUCAUUCUUCAAUAAGGUUUACAUCUUCUCAAGAUCUGGUAGCGUUGUCAAGAACGACGCCCGGAUACUGGAUUGCUUUUUUAGCAAUGUUGCAGACAAUAAGUUACUGAACAAGUCCGUGCUCACACAAAUUCUUUCUAGUACAUCUGCCAAGACUCAAUUCCACUCCAAUAAAUCUAGGUCAUCCAUCAAAAACAUCAUAAAACCAAAAUAG